AUGCAUCAGAACAGCGAGUUUUUAACAGAAACACCUGGAAGCGACCCUCACAUAUCUCAGUUGCACAGUAAUAGCGUAAUGGAGUCACAGCUUUUGGAUGAUUUCCUACUAAACGGGUCUCCCAUAUAUCAGGAUGACAGCAUGGCCCAUAUUAAUAUUGAUGAGGCUGCUAAUUUUCAAAAUUUUAUCAAGACAGAUGAGGCUGAUGAUUCACCUAAUCUACUCUCUUUCGACGAAAUUGGAAACAAUACUCAUAGCAACGAAAAUGUGUCUACUCCUCUGGAGGACGAAAUGGAAGGUAGCAGAGGUUUAAAGAAAGAGGAAGAGAAUGAGCACGGAAACAAGCUUUUUAAAGAAAAUAAUAUGGGCAGUCCCGCUCAUGAUGAGAUUGUAUUUGGAAGAAAGGAGACGAUUCACUCUGUCUAUAUAAAUCCUUUGGACUAUCUUAAAGUAAAUGCGGCCCAGCUAACCUUGCAAGUAGAGGUCUCAGGUUUGCCACAAGUAUCCAGAGUAGAGAAUCAACUCAAACUGAAAGUGAAAGUUACAUCAGAAACACCUUUAAGUCAAAAUAUGGUAUAUUUGCCAAGCGAUUCCAUUUCAAGGGAGAAAUUCUACUUGAAGAAAAAUAUUGAUGAAUUUUCCGAAGAAUUCAGGAAAAAUCUCCUGUAUAUCAAUGCAUUUGUUCUAUGUGCUGUAAGUAACAGAACGACAAAUGUUUGUACAAAAUGUGUGAAGAGAGAACAAAGAAGAGCCGCUAGAAGGAAGUCAGGUAUCGCAGAUAAUCUAUUAUGGUGUAAUAAUAUUAACAGAAGGUUAGUAGUAUUCAAUAAUAAACAGGUUUUUCCUAUAAUGAAAACUUUCGAUAAUGUUAAGGAGUUUGAAUUAACUACCAGACUAGUUUGUUAUUGCAGGCAUCAUAAGGCAAAUAAUGGCUUUGUCAUAUUAUUCACCAUAACUGAUUGGCAAAAUCGAUUAUUGGGUAAGUACACUACAACGCCCAUUAUGAUCACGGAUAGAAAACCAGCCAAUAUGGAUACUAAUAAAUUCAAUAACACCACCACUUCGUCUAGAAGGCAAUUAACAGAAGAAGAAUCUACCACAGAAUAUUAUUCAACCGAUAACAAUCAAUUGAGUAAAGAUGAAAAUAUGCCGUUUCAAUAUACUUAUCAGCACAAUCCAUAUGACAAUGGUAGUCAGGUGAGUAAUAUUCCAUUUAAAGAUAAAAAUGCACCUUUCCAAUAUUCCAUUUCUCAACAGACAGACCUACUACAGAAUAAUAACUUAUCACUCAACCUUUCUUUACCCAACCAACAUAUCCCAUCACCAACAUCUAUGAGCGAGGAGGGCUCCGAGUCAUUCAACUACCACCGUGAUAACGAUAACCCAGUCCGCACCAUCUCCUUAACAAAUAUCGAACAGCAGAGUCAAUUAAAUCAACGGAAAAGGGCCCGCAACAAUUUGGAGAAUGACAUCGGUAAACCUUUAUUCAAGCAUUCCUUCUCGAAUUCAAUAAGUUCAGUAGGUAACACGAUAAAUCCGUCCUUACAUGCAAUGCAAGAUUUCGCAAUGAAAAACAAUAAUACUAAUAAUAACAAUUCAUUACCAUCAAUCAAUCGUGUUAUUCCCUCACAAGGACCAAUCAACGGUGGUAUUGAAGUUACUUUAUUAGGUUGCAACUUCAAAGAUGGCCUUUCCGUAAAGUUCGGCGCAAAUCUUGCCCUUUCCACUCAAUGCUGGAGUGAGACUACUAUCGUUACCUAUCUUCCUCCUGCAGCCUAUGCAGGUCAGGUAUUUGUUUCGAUUACCGACACGAAUAGUGAAAACAACGCUGACGACCUUCCCCAAGAAAUUGAGAUCAAUGAUAAUAAAAAAGCCAUAUUCACCUAUGUUGACGAUACUGAUAGACAACUGAUUGAAUUAGCUUUGCAAAUCGUGGGAUUAAAGAUGAAUGGUAAAUUAGAAGACGCAAGAAAUAUUGCCAAGAGAAUUGUUGGUAAUGACUCUCCUGAUAGUGGUACAAAUGGUAGCACGGGCCCCUCACCAAAUCAACAUAACGUGAAUAUGAAUACUAAUGUUUUUUACUCAGAUGAAGUCUUGAUACAAAAAGUUAUAAAAUCAUUAAACAUCAACUCCAAUAUUUCCAUAUGCGAUUCUUUGGGAAGAACUUUAUUACAUCUCGCAUGCUUAAAGAACUAUUCAAGCCUGGUAUACACACUAAUAAAAAAAGGUGCCCGUGUUAACGAUAUCGAUUCCUUUGGGUUAACUCCCUUACACUUUGCAUGCAUAAGUGGUGACCCCAAAAUUAUUAAGAUGCUAUUAAAUUGUAAAGUCAAUUAUUUGCUAAAGUCACACAACGGAUUAACCGCAAAGGAAAUAUUCAUAGCAAACCACGUCCAAGCAAAAGACAUUAACAAAAAACAAGAAAACAGAGACAAUCAUAACUUUGUUCAUAAUAAUAACGCUUAUGUCAACGAGGUAUUGUCAUUAUUUGAAGUGUUUCAAGACGGUACAAAGUUUACUGACAACGCAGAAACAGACAGUAAUUAUUCUAUUAGCAGAAAAUAUUCACAAUCCAGUUUCAAUUCAAGCCUGUUGGAUAACGAAUCUCUCAAUGAAAACUUAUUCGAAAACCAAAGCCUAGUAAUUCCUGCUCGCAUGGAAAUUCAGCAUCCUACCCUACAGCUAUUUGACAAUUCAAGUUAUUCUGAGUACGAUCAAAGUGAUUUUGAAGAAGAUGGGGAUGAAGAUUUGUUUGUUACUGAUGAGUUAGAGCAACCAGGAGUUGAGAGUAGGGAAAAAAAAAGCGAAUCUCUUAAUACUGGGCCUAACACGAAUGUUGCGGGUGAGGAUAAUGGCAGUACGUCCCUCUGGAAUAGAGUUUUACAUCGUAUUAAUGAUGACUUGCCAAAGUAUGAGGAUCUAUUUCCACUAUCCUGGGGAAAAGAUGAUAAGUCGGAAGCGGUAAAUCAAGACAAUAUUAUGGAACAGUCAUCCAAUAUUGAAAACUCUGAGAACUCAGAAGAAGACGAAUAUGAGGAAGAAGAAGAGUUUUUGAAAAAGCAAUUUAAUCGAUUUUUUCAGAAUAAACAAAACUUCCAAAAUGAUAAGAUGCUAAUAUUUUUCUGGAUACCCUUGACAUUACUACUUUUAACAUGGUUCAUCAUGUACAAGUUUGGCAAUCAAGAUAAUUCCAUUAAUCAUAUAAGUGAAUUAAUCUCAGAAUACUUAAGAAUUGCAUUAGCAAAGUUCUUACUGGGAAACGAAAGGAUGAAAACUGCAUUCAAGUCGAAGUUGUCGAAUCUGCAAACGACAAGAAUGUUGAACGAUUUAAUUGUCAGUUAA